AUGUUACCGUUGAUAUCGUUCUAUCAAUCUUCUUCAGUUUCUUUACGUUUUCUGUCAACUCAAUCAUACUAUACAUCUAUUAUUCAACGUUAUUCAUCAUCAAUCCGUCCACCUAGACCGCUAUUUUUACCUUCAGCAAAGAAAGACCUUCAUAAUGUUAUACAAACUUUCAAUUCAUUGAUUGAUUUUCGACGAGAACAAGCCCAACGAACGGUGUUCAUCCAUCUUGGUCGAUCUCAUUCCGAAUCCGAACUAUACAAAUUAUGUUCACGUGUUGGUCAAAUUUCGAAUAUGACACUUUAUUCCGCAAAUAAAAAAGAAUGUGCGUUAUUGGAAUUCUCGAACGAUCAAAGUGUCAAUAAAUUAUUGAAUAUCACGAGUCACUCCACGAAUGAAAAUCGUUUACCGUGUGCGUCGCGAAAUUUGUAUUUUGCAUCUCAACUAACUGGUUCGCGAUUAAAACAUCAUUCGUUCGGUCGUGAAGUUCAACAACCGGAUGAUUCAGUUCUCGAUACAGCUUUAGCUGAUAUUCGUAACGUAAAAGGACGAAAAUGUUUUGUAUGGGGAAAGCAGUGUGACCAAUUCUUUCUCGAAGCAUUUGGGAGUAUUUUUGUUGAUACUGUUUGUCUUCCAUUUGGUUCAUCGAUAACAAAAUUUGGUAAAUCUCGGUGUGAUUUGGAUAUGUUGUUAACAUUCGAAGAUUUCCGAGAGAAAAAUAUAAGAAUUCUUCGAAUGGUUUUUCUCAAUUAUGAACGAUCGGAUUUACAGCAAAUCGAAUCAGAUGGUAAAAUACAACAAUUACGUUUUCUGACUAAACGAAGUUAUCUAAACGAUCGAUAUCCAACUGCGUAA